AUGCAAAAUUAGUCAAUCUAAUCUAUAUCACUUGAAGAAAGAUCUGAAGAGGAGACCAAAGCAAUAUUUGAUUAAAUAAAGGCCUAUACCUUUUUCGACAAAUUUUCAAGCGACGAAUAAAGAAAAUUGUUAAAUUAAAUUGUUAGCAGAUCUAAAAAAAUUACCUUCAAAGAGAACGAAACUAUCCAAAAAAAGAAUGAUUGUUUCACUUAGAUGUUUUGCAUCUUAAAUGGUAUAGUUGGAGUCUUUCAUGUCGAGUAAGAAAAGAAGAAUUCAAAGGAAAAACUUGAGUUGAUUAAGAAAAUAUAAGAAAAUCAGUGCUUUGGAGAGUAAUGUUUGAGCUCUAAAAGCGAUUAAAAAUGGGAAUAUAAAUGUUUUUCCGAUGAGUGUGUAUUAUUAAGUAUUUAAAGAAAAGAGUUAAAAAGAUUAUUUAGCUCUAUCAAGAAAGAAUAAAUUAUGGAAAAUUUAAAAUUCUUUUCAUCUCUCAAUGCAUUUUCUGAUUACAAUUCGAACCUCCUUCUACAAAUUUACAGCAAUAGUAUAGAAAUAAAACUUCAAAGAAAUAACUGCGUCUUUUAAGAAGGUGAUGAAUCAAAUCAUGUUUAUAUUAUAAAAUCAGGCUCAUUCUUAGUAAAGUAAUACAUAAAUUUCAGCUUCAAUCAAAUGAAUUAAGAGUAAGACAGAGACGAUAAUUAAAAAUUUCAAAACAAUUAAUAACAGUAAAUCAACAAGUUAUUGUAAAAGAAAAAAGCAAGUACCAAGUAACAAAAAAUAGUUAUUUGGGGAGAAAAAGAAAUAUUUGGUGAAGAAGACGUCAUUGCUAAUAAAAAUAGGACAUACAGCAUUUAUUGUGAAUCACAAUAAGGCGAAAUAAUUAAGAUUUCUAAAGAUUUUUUUAUCUCAAAUAUUAUGCAAGAGGAGAGUAGCAAAGAAGUUAUUUUAUCAACAUUAGAAUAGAAGUUGAAAGAAUUUUAAUAAAAAUAAGAAAAUGCGCAUAAAUAGCUUUAUGGUUCUUAGCUCUCUAAAUUUUACUCUUAAAUAACCUAAAAUUAAGUAGAAAGUACACCAAGAGAGGUGCCUCAAAAUUCUAAAAUUGAGUUAUAGUAAAAUACUUAAAAAAGUAGCAUUUCAAAUACCUAAAAAAUAUCCUUCAAAGAUUUGAUAAAACAAAAGCUGAUUGGUUCAGAUAUUAAUUUAAAUUUAUCUAAUUAUAGAAAGGAAAAUGGUAACUAAAAUUAACAAAAUCUUAAUCAAAAAUUACAGUAAUAAUAAAUUAUUCCAAACAUAAAUGAGCUAAUUAAUAGCAGUUAGAUAAUAAGUUAAGGUGAACAAACAAAUAGACAUUCUUCACCUUCACCAGUUAGAAAUAAUUCUCUUAAUAAAAGCAUAAACUCACCUUAAUCAAAUAAAAAAUAAGAACUUUCAAAUAAUUCAGCAACAUCAUUUUCAUAAUAUGCUUAAAAUAAUUAAGUUUAACCCUGUUCAAAUAAGAGUUUGCUUGAAACUAUUAAAAAAAGUAAUUUUAAGGAUUCUCAAAAAGAGUAAUUCUAAAAUGAAUUAUAGAAACUAGCUAUAUUUUAGCCAUCUGAUUGUAUAUGGCUCUAGAAUGAAAUUGAAAAAGUGAACUAAGAAAUAGUGCCAAAAGAGAUGUUGCUACCUCCAGAACCUUACUGUACAGAUGCAAAAAUUAUGGAAACUACUCCUUAAGUUAAAAAGCUUUAUCAUGAACUCAAAAGGAAUUACUUUAAAAAAUAUGAAGGAAAAUCAAAAAAAACAUUUCAAGAUUUUGCUUAAAUGAGGCAUUACAUAAAGCAUAGAGGUAUUGUCUAAAUGAUUGAAGAAGAAAUGGCUCGCAAAAAAGAGGAAGAAAGGACUCAUAAAACUUAAAGCCUUUAAAGAGCUGCUUCUAUUUCUCCUUAAAGGUAAGGAUUCAGCAAUGAAGCUUAGUCUGAGAGUGAAAGAAGAGUUAAUAACAUAAUAAAAAAUAAAAUUUUGAAAGGAAAUAGCUAAAGAUUCAGCUAAUUUAGAUCACAGUCCAUUGAUUUAGCCUUUUAAUUUCCUAAAACUGCUAUGAAUUAGUAUGAAAAUGAGUAAUUUGAGAAUGACAAAUUAAAUGAUAAUCAAAAUUAAUAUAAUUUACUCACUAAUGAUUCUACAGAGAAAUCCUCAGCUAUAUAAUCCCCUGGAAGAAAAAUAAUCAAAAUGAUUUCUACAAAUUCAGAUUUUGGUACUAAUUAAAAGAAUCAUGUUUGGUUUUAAGAAGAUUAAUUAUGCAAUUAAGCUAAUUCUUUAAUAUAAAAUAAACGAGAAGAAGAACAUAACCUAAUAAAUUCCAUGCCAGAAUUAGAUUCAAGAUCAAAUAAAAUGUUUUCUUUCACUAUUUAAACUUAAAAUUCCAUUGCAGAAAUUAAUUCACCCUUUAGCUCUAUGGUUUUUGACACAAUUGAAAAGUAAUAAUCUAACAAAAAUGAAUUAGUAAAAAUUCCUCACAAAUUACAAACAAUUUUUCCUUGCAAUUAAUCACUCCCAACAUCCCCUUUAAAGCAACGCUCUCUUAAUAAUUCUUAAUGUCAAGAUAAUGGCAAUAUUACACCUUUUAAUGCAAAUUUAAAGAAAAAAUUUUAUGUUUUAAAACAAAGAAGCACCUCUCCUAGAAAAUAGUAAUAAAUAAAAGCAAAUUCUUUAAGCUCAAUUCAAAUUUAGUAAAUGAAAUAAGAACCAACAACAAAUUCUACAUUAAAUUCAAAUAUAAAUAGUAAUCAAAAACAGAAUAAUUAACAAACAUAAACAGAAUAAUUUCCAAUAAGUUAAUUUAUAAGCACAGAGUAAGAUGUAUAAACAGAAAGAUUAAAGCUACCAAUACGUUCUAAAAGCUAGAUUUAGUAUCCUUAGACACCUUCCACAACUUCUAGAUCAUUAAGAAUAACAAAAUUUAUUAAUCGCUCACAAUCUCCAUGCACAAAUAGAGGAGUUAGCUUUUUAAAUUUCUCUGAAAUAUGCUCUAAAAUUGAAAACAUCUAAAAUCCCGAUAAUCCUCAAUAAAAAGCUUAAACUGAAAGAAAUUCAUAGAGCCAAAAAAAUAUUCUUUAAUAUAACAUAAAAUCUAAUGUUUUACGUUAAUCAGCAUAGCAAUACUUAAAUAUGAACAAUGAUCUAUCUAAAUAUACUUAGAAUUAAAAAGGAGGGAAUGAUAAAGUAUAACAACAACAAAGUAAUUCUAACUGUGAAUCACAAUCAUCUUUAAUUUUAAAAUAGAACUAAUAAAAUCAUCUCCUAAAAUUUAAAGAUAGGAUUAAAGAAUAAUCAUAAAAGCUUCUUAUUAUUUAGUAAAAUAUCCCAUAAUAAAUUAAAAAUGAGGGAAACCAAGAAGAAUAAUAAAAAAAUGAAAAAAAUCAACACUUUUCAAUUACAAAUAAAUUUUUUGAUAGACUAGAAAAAAAGAGAAAAUCAGAUUCAAAGCAAAAUAAGCAAUCUCCAUCAUAAAACAGCAUCAGUAAUAGAUCGGGCUAUUGCAACUUAAAUUUAAAUUAUCAUAACAAUAACACAAUUCUUUCAUCCUCCUCUGCAGCAGUGGCAAAAUUAGUUCUUUAAAAAAGACUUAUUUCAAAUUUUGGAAACAGUGAACUUUUAAAUAAUCUAGACCUAACAAAAUUAAAGAAAACCGUAGUCUGA